GACCCUAGGAGGAAGCCGCCGCCGUGCGGUGCGGUGCGAGCGAGAGCGAGCUCCAUCCGGUUUCGAGCAGUCUCCCCACGCGAAUCCGGCCGCCCCUCCACUCCCCCCGGUCACUCCACGAUACCGGACUUCCAUUAUACCGUGCGUUUCCCGUCGCCUUGCGUGGCGUCCGACAGCCGUUUCUUCCCCUCUCGCGAGCGCCCUCCCUCUUCUAUAAAUGGCCACACUGUGGUGACAGACCGCGUCACCGCUGCUGCCAUCGCAGCCGCAUUCGCUUCUCCGCCGCUUACGCUUCAAGAAACCCCACCGGUACUCCGUGGCCAUCGACGCCGCCAAGUGGCGCUUAGCAGCCGCAGCACAUACCCGGACCUGACCGCUGAGAAGGGCAACGCGGACGCGCCGAGAUGCAGAGCAUGUCGGCGUCCUGCUCGUCCGCCGUCUCCGUCUCUACCUCUAGAGUCUGGGCCGCGGCGCGCCGCUCGCCCUCGCCCCGAUCCCUACCCUCGUUGCGCCACGUCGCCUUCUGGCCCUCUCCAUCCUCCUCCUACCCCUCUUCUUCUCAUGGCUGUCGCUGGCCGAUCGCCGGCGCCGGCGCACCGGCGCUCCCGCUCGGCAUUCGCGGGGGCCUGCGCCGGCUGCCCUCGCCUCUGCUUGCGCCGGACGCCCCCAGUGCCGGCGCGGCGGCGAGGACGCGGGCGGCCGCGGCCGCGGCGUCUCCGGCAGCAGCCGGUAAGCAGGAGGGCGCCGCCGGCAUUUCGCAGACCCUGCAACUCGGGACAAUGAUCCUCGUCUGGUACCUCCUCAACAUCUACUUCAACAUCUACAACAAGCUGGUUCUGAAAGCCAUACCUUUCCCUUACACCAUCACCACCUUCCAUUUCGCAUCCGGAACCUUCUUCAUCACACUCAUGUGGCUGCUCAAUCUGCAUCCCAAACCGAGGCUCUCCCUCAAACAGUAUGCAAAGCUCCUGCCUUUGGCCUUGAUCCACAUGCUUGGAAAUGUUUUCACCAAUAUGAGUUUGGGUAAGGUGUCUGUCUCCUUCACCCACACCAUCAAGGCCAUGGAGCCCUUCUUCUCGGUCCUCCUCUCUAUCCUAUUCCUAGGAGAGACACCUUCUCUACCAGUGUUGGGCUCACUUGUCCCUAUUGUUGGUGGAGUUGUAUUGGCGUCGAUGACUGAAGUUUCAUUCAACUGGAUUGGAUUCUGGAGUGCCAUGACUUCGAAUCUUAUGAAUCAAUCGCGGAACGUUUACAGCAAGAAAAUUCUCGCUGAUAAAGAGGACAGUUUGGAUGAUAUAAAUCUCUUCUCAAUAAUAACUGUCAUGGCAUUCUUGUUAUCUGCUCCACUGAUGCUAUGUGUAGAAGGAAUCAAGUUUAGCCCAUCGUAUCUACAGAAUGCUGGAGUUAAUGUAAAAGAAUUAUUUAUAAGAGCGGCACUUGCUGGGACAUCUUUCUAUUUUUACCAACAGGUUUCGUACAGUUUAUUGGCUAGAGUAUCUCCCGUGACCCAUUCGGUUGCCAACUCUCUUAAACGUGUGGUGGUCAUUGUGUCAUCCGUUCUCUUCUUUAGAACUCUAAUUUCACCUAUAAAUGCCUUAGGAACCGGUGUUGCUCUUGCUGGAGUGUUCCUGUACUCGCAGUUCAAAAAGUCAAAACCAAAGGCUACGGCUGCAUGAAGACAACCCCUGAUGAUGAGGUUCUUUGGAUGUGAGAAGCUUGUACGUCAGUUUCCUGGACAAGGUGUGGUGGAACACGUGAACAACGAAGAUAUAGCAUUAUUAGAUUUCAAGAGAAUACAAAUUUUGGAAUAUACUUCAAUGUCAUUGAAACUGACAGAAUGCUCUCACUUACAUAUAUUCUUUACGUCAAAAUAUGGUUCAAUGUUUUCUUACUAUUAUAUAUAUUCUUUACGAACUUUGUGUUUUUUGCUGAAAGAAAAACAAAAGGAAUAUCCUGGUUCCUGGA